AUGGAUCAGGGACGCGGGGCGAAUGUGAAGAGCUGCGAGUUCGUGCAGGCGUGCGUGGACUUGGCGGGAUGCCCGAAACCGACGCUGCCGGAGAUCGCCGUCAUCGGUCGGUCGAACGUCGGGAAGAGCUCGCUGGUGAACAUGCUCACGAAUCGUAAGUCGUUGGCGAAGACGUCGAAGAAUCCUGGGAAGACGCAGACGAUCAAUCACUAUCGCAUGACGACCGGGGAUGGGAAGUUUUACCUCGUCGAUCUUCCCGGUUACGGGUACGCGAACGCGCCGGAGGAUUUGCGAGAAAAGUGGGCGGCGUUUACGCGCGAAUAUUUGAUCAAACGAGAAUCGCUCAUCACCGUGUUGCUCUUGAUCGACAGCACGGUGAAACCGCAGCGUUUAGAUUUGGAGUGUCUCGAUUGGCUCGGCGAAGCCGGCGUGCCCGUGACCGUGGUGUUCACCAAGGUGGACAAGCGUAAAAAAGUUGGCGCCGGCAAGCGCGCCAACCCGGCGGAAAACGUCGAAGAAUUUUGCCGCGAAGUGAGCGAGUAUUGGGACGAGUUACCGCCCAUGCUUUACACCUCAUCCGUGAACGGCGAAGGCAAGCGCGAGGUGCUGAAUCACAUCGCGACGUUGCGACAAUUCUUUAAGAAGCCGCUCAAGGAGGAGGUAUUAGCCGCCGUCGCGCCCGCCGCCGCGGCGUCGCCGAUCGUCGCCGACGCGCGCGCCGCCGACGUCGCCGACGACGAGCCCGAGGACGAUUGGAACUGAUCGUCGCCGCCG